AUGGGACCCUCGGGCGCACCUGAUAGGAAACACCAACGAGGAUGGUUUUCUUUGUAUUAUGAUAUUAUUCCUGGGGAUCAACGAUUCCUGUCCCAGUUAUGGAAAGAGUACUCCAAAGGUGAUAGUCGAUAUGUUAUAGCCGAUAACUUCACUGUAUGUAUGGAGACUGUAACAGCUUGGAUUUGGGGACCUUUCAGCUUUUGGGCAGUAUAUGCCAUUUUAAGCAACAAGCCCUACAGAUUUGUAUUGCAACUCAUCAUUUCAUUAGGUCAGCUGUAUGGAGCAGUGUUAUACUUCUAUACUGAGCACAGAGAUAGAUAUGCCCACAAAGGAACCAGACUUUCUGAUGACUCCUCUGAUACAGGCUCCAAUGUUUUUUCUCUUCGAGUCUGUCCAUAA